AUGAAGAGGCUAUGGCGUCUUCAGGUGGUCCUGUCAUGGGUCCUGGCCGUCGUUCUCGGAUCAGUCCACGGCCAUGUGCGGCGGCAAUGGGGGGAGCAGGUGCCCCGGGAGUCGCGGCCGCACAGCGUCACCAUUACGGAGUUCGGCGCCGUAGGGGAUGGUAGGACCCUGAACACCCUGCCCUUCCAAAACGCCGUCUUCUACGCCCGGUCCUUCGCCGACAAGGGCGGCGCGCAGCUGUACGUCCCCAAGGGUCGAUGGCUCACCGGCAGCUUCAACCUCACCAGCCACCUCACCCUCUUCCUCGAGAAAGAUGCCAUCAUCAUGGGCGCGGAGGAGUCAUCGCAAUGGCCAAUUGUGGAACCUUUGCCAUCUUAUGGCCAGGGACUAGACCUUCCAGGUCCUAGACAUCGUAGCUUAAUAAAUGGAUACAAUUUAACGGAUGUUGUUAUUACUGGGAAUAAUGGACUUAUCGAUGGCCAGGGCUCAGUAUGGUGGAAUUGGCUUCGCUCUCAUGAACUAAAUCAUAGCCGCCCUCAUCUCGUGGAGUUUCUGUAUUCUGAAGAAAUUGUGAUCUCAAACUUGACAUUUUUGAACUCACCAGCCUGGAGCAUACAUCCAAUGUACUGCAGCAAUGUAAAGGUUCAUAACGUCACAAUUAAGACUUUGUUGGAUGCUCCACUCACGGAUGGCAUAGUUCCAGAUUCAUGUUUGAAUGUGUGCAUCGAAGACAGCACCAUUAGUGUCAGUCAUGAAGCCAUCUCAGUGAAAAGUGGGUGGGACAAGUACGGCAUUUCUAUCGGAAGGCCAACCUCGGACAUUCAUAUCAGCAGAGUGGAUCUUCAAGCGUCAUCCGGUGCCGCACUUGCAUUUGGCAGUGAGAUGUCCGGUGGGAUCUCAUGUAUUCAUGCUGAUCACCUAAGGAUACAUGGUUCUGAUAAAGGGUUCUCUUUCAAGACCACCCCUGACCGUGGAGGUUACAUCAAGGAAGUGGUCAUCUCGGAUGUAGAAAUAGAUGGUAUCCGUGUGGCCAUUGAAUUCAUAGGUAAUCUAUCAAGCCAUCCAGAUGAUGAUUUUGAUCCAUCUGAGCUCCCGGUGAUUGAUCAAAUCACCCUAAAGAAUAUGGUGGGAACAAACAUCUCGGUUGCAGGAGUUUUAUCAGGAAUUGACGGUGAUCCAUUUACUGCGAUCUGCCUUUCCAAUCUCAGUUUCUCGAUAACUGAUUCGGCCCAUUCUAGUCCCUGGUCUUGUUCCAAUGUUUCUGGAUACUCGGAAUCAGUCUUCCCUGAGCCUUGCUCGGAACUGUAUGCACCAUUCUCAAAUUCUUCAAUUUGCUUCUCCCUUCCUAGUUACAGUGCCCUUGCCGUGGCAUAG